GAGCAGGAGCCCGGGCCGAGUCCCCGCGUCGUGCGGGGGGGCGAGCGGCCCCGAGACCGCCUUGAGGCCGGGCCUGGGGCGCCCUGCGGGCUGCACAGGUGCGGCACCGAGUCCGCACCGGGGGCCGGGCGGCGCCUGCCGCGAAGCCGGUGUCGGGGGGCGGGGGACGCUGGCCCCGUUUCCCUUCCGGGGGCGGCGCGGCGGCGAGCGGAGGCCCCCAGCCGGGCUGCAGGGGAAGCGCCCGCCCCUGCCGCCCCCGGCGCGGUAAGAUGGCGGCCGCGGCUCAGGCGCUGAGCGGCUCUGGGCUGCUCCUGGCCGCCGCCGCCCUCGCCCUCCUGGCCGUGGCCAUCGGCACCGACUCCUGGUACGAGACGGACGCGCGGCGGCACCGUGAGCGCUGCCGCGGCUUCGGUCACAAGCGCAGCGACCCGCCCGGCUCCAUGUCGGCGCCCAGCUCGCACCUGCCGCUCCGCGCCCGUCCCCCGCGGGCUCUGCUGCCCGGACGGCCCCCGGCCCCCGCCCCGGCCGCCGCCGCCGCCGCUCUAGACUCGCACUGCGGCCGCCGCUUCAACUCCACCGUCUCGGGGCUCUGGAGGCGCUGCCACCGCGCGGGCUACGAGCCGGACAGCGAGGAGCUCAUCCGGAAAGGGGUUAUUCAGCGCUGCACUGCUGUGAAGUACCACUACACCUCCAGCUCUCUGCCUCGCAACUUACCCGUCAACAUCACCAACACCAUCCGGCAGGAUGAGUGGCAUGCGCUCCAUCUGCGGAGGAUGACCGCUGGCUUCAUUGGCAUGGCAGUCUCCAUCAUCCUGUUUGGGUGGAUCAUUGGUGUGCUGGGCUGCUGCAAACAGCAGGAGCUCAUGCAGUAUGUUGCUGGGCUGCUCUUCCUAAUGGGAGGUACGUGCUGUAUCAUCUCACUCUGCACAUGUGUAGCUGGGAUCAAUUUUGAGUUAUCGCGCUAUCCUCGCUACGUCUAUGGGCUGCCAGAGGACAUCAGUCAUGGCUAUGGCUGGUCCAUGUUCUGUGCCUGGGGAGGCCUGGGCCUCACCCUGCUGGCUGGGUUCCUCUGCACAUUGGCCCCGUCACUCAACACUUCGCGGGCAUCCGUACAAAAACCCAGACAGGAAAAUGGGGCCGUGUGACCUCGGAGGGAGCGCGGAGAGACUCUGGAAAGCGCAGCCUGGGCGGAGCUGUGGGUUAACACCAGAAGAGGUGGCAUGUCAGUGUGUGGAGAGCAGUGCCAUAGCUGUGGAAGCAGCAGCCCGGGGAACGCUGCUACAGCCUCCAGUCGCGGACACAGACAUUGCAAGUAACUCCAGGUUUGAAUUAUUGCUGAUUUGCUCAUUGAUGGUUUAAGGGGGACAGUUCUUUUGUUUUUCUUCUGUUUACAAGAGAUUAAGUCAAAGGCUGUGUCUUUUUUUGUGCUGUUUUUUGAACUGUACCUCCAUGGUCCUGUUAUUGUCCAGUUGUAAGGGAUGUUUACGCACCAACUCUAUUGCUGCAGGUCUAAUUCAGACCCAAAUUAGGGCAAGGAACUAUGUGAAGUUGGCUUGAACACUUUUGCAACAGGCGUGUCCAGUGUUGGCUCAGGCCAUCCUUUCCCAAAAUAACCUUGAUCUAAGCCGAGGUUUAGGCCAAAGAAUUAGUCCAUUCUUAGUAUUUAUUUAAAUCAGAAAUCUGUGCUAUGCCAUGCUGUAGUAUCAGCUAUUUACUCACGACUAAAGCUGUUUCCAAAAGGAGCUGGCUGAGCAGCAAGACUCUUAAAAAAAAACAAACCAAA